GCGCUGUUGCGAAGGAAGUCACAGCGGCGAAUUCGCGCAGCAAUAAACUUAAUAAGUUCUUCCAUGAAGAAUUCAUCCACAGCUAUCAAGCAGGAAGUUGUGAACAGAGUUUAAAAGCUGCUGCAGGACUGCAGACAUUCACAGGAAGCUGGACCAGCAAUGGCUCUGCUGAAGGUUCUGCUGCUGCUGUUGGGACUGGGUGUUGCAGUGAGCUCAGUGUCUGUGCAGAAGAGAGUCGUUGGAGGCCAGAACUGUAAAGACGAUGAGCGUCAGUAUCAUGUGUAUAUCAAUGCAUAUAAUAAAACAGAAGACAUUUUCUGCGGUGGAUCUCUGAUCACUGAUCAGUGGGUUCUGACUGCAGCUCACUGCUGGAACUCAGAUCCAGGAUGCGGCACCAAGGUUCAGAUUGCAGGUUAUGGACCAUCAAGAGUUGGCUGUUUUAACAAAAGAAUCCCACAUAGUCCAGAUGAUCUUCAGUGUGCAGAGUUUAAGAUUGAUAAACACGAAAGGCUGGAAAAGAUAAUUGCAAAAUGUAAGUUCUUUGACUACACUUUCCAGGAGUGGUACAGUGUGGAAAGCUCUAGGAAGGACACAUCUUUCGGCGACUCUGGUGGAGGAUGGGUGUUCAGGAACAGGCUGUAUGGCGUUCAGGCCUUCAUUGGAGAAAAGAAGUUUGCAUACAGAGCACCAAGUGGUUUCAUGGACGUUUGUGCCUACAAGAAGUGGAAAGAUGACACAAUUAAUUAACCAAAAAACCUAGGCUGUGGGUAAAUGUUUCCAUCCAUCCAUCUAUC